AGUGCAUAAGUCGCAGUAUAAUCAAGAUAACGAAUCCGUCUGUGCAGUGCUUGCUAAUGAUUACGCGACAUUUUAAUAACACCGCUAAUAAAAUGUCUCGCACUGAAGACUUUGAGAAAUGUAAUAAAGAGGUAAUAUUAAAAAUUAUUGAGAAUCUCAAAGAAAACGACGAAGUUCGAUAUGAGAUAUCCAAACAAGCCAAUAAUCUCAUGUCAACCGUCUAUAAUAUAUACGUGAAGUUUAAGAACAGGACGAAGGAUCGGAGUGAGGAAUUUUCUAUAAUACUGAAGAAACCCACGCAGUUCGAAUUUCUUAGACAGAUAAUUCGCAGCGACGUUCAAUUUCACAACGAAAUUAUAUUCUACAGCAUGUAUGCCCAACCAAAUGAGAAUUUUGCGAAAUGUUUCUACGUCGAUGAACGACCGCCUGCCGAUUCAGUGAUCGCUCUCGAGAACGUAAAUGGACAAGGUUAUUAUUCUUGUGCGUGGCCAUGUAAGUUCGACACUCCUUUAGAAUAUACAUUGGCAGCGAUGCGUGAGAUUGGACGAUUCCACGGUAAAGGGUAUGCGAUGAAGGAGCUACAACGCGAAAAAUUUUUCGCUAUCGUAGAACAGCUUCGAGAAAUUAAAUACGACAGAAUGCUAAAUAAAAAGAAUAUACUCUUUCUUAAUUUGACCGCGACGCGAGCGGUGGAAUAUCUUCGCAAUCAGGGUUACGAUACGGCCUUUUGUGAUAAAACGGAAGCCUUACUCUCGAAUGCGUUCGAUGAAGUAAUGAUGAAGACGGUGGAAUCACGAGAGCCAUUGUCUACGCUGUGCCAUGGCGACUUCACAUUGGACAAUAUUCUUUUCAAGAUGGAAAACGAUGGACAGUAUCGAGCAUUGUUGAUCGACUUUGCAUUUUUUAGAUAUACAACGCCCGUCGUCGAUCUUUCCACAUAUUUAUGUCUUUCUUGCUCGAACGAAGUGAGGAAGGAUAAAUUCUUCGAGAUAAUGCGAGCCUAUCAUGAUGCGCUAAAGGAAUAUCUUCUAGAGGCUGACAUUUGGGAUAGCAAAAAGUAUUCUUACGAUGCUUUGCUGGAUGAUUACAAAAGAGGUAGUCUCUUCGGUUUCGUUAUUGCAUCUUAUUAUUUGCCAAUAUUAAUGGGAUACGUAAAGAAAAGAAAUAUAAAACGUAUAGAAGAGUUUGAAAGCGAAGAAGCAGCAAUACAAAACAAACAAUUAGGCGGAGAUAAGAUAUCUAAGAUAUUAGCUGAUAUGUUGCUACAUUUGAGAGAUCUUGGUUGUUUACAAUAUUUUUCACAAUAAGACAAUUUUAUUU